AUUAGAGGCGUAUCUUGUGAGAUGAUAUAAUUAUGUCUUCUAUUUUGACGUACUUAAAAGAGAUUACCAGUUUAACUGUUGGAGUUAUUGUCUACUGUUUCCUUAAUUUAAUUCACAAUAUUCGUCUAUAUUUAUUUCCUAUCUAUAAGAGUCUAAGUGAUGAUGUAGUUCUUAUAACUGGUGCUGGCAAUGGUUUAGGUCGUUCAUUAUGUGUAGAGUUUUCAAAAUACUGUCCAACUAUAUUAGCAUUAGAUGUAGAUGAGAAUGGUUUGAAAGAAACUGCUGAAUUAGUACUCACUAGUACUGGUUGUCUAAUCAAAACUUAUAAAUGUGAUCUAAAAAAUGAACAAGCUAUUGAUGAAACUAUCCAACUGAUAUUGAAUGAUUUCAAUAAGGUUACAGUGUUAGUGAAUAAUGCUGGUAUUGCAAAAGUUGAAGAAUUUUUACAAAGUAGUCGGGAGGAUUUUGAAGAUGUACUCAAAGUAAAUACACUUGCUCAGUAUCAACUUACUAAAGCAUUUUUACCAUUUAUGCUUGGAAAAGUGUAUAAUUCACAAUCUUUAACAGAUCCUCAAGGUCAUAUUGUUUGUUUAGCUUCAAUUAGUGGUGUAAUGUGUUUUCGUCGUUUUCAUAUGUAUGGUGCAUCUAAAUCUGCUAUCUUAUUAUUAAUGGAGUCAUUAGAACAAGAACUUGACAGUAUUGGUAUUACAGAUCAAAUUUGUAUUACAAGAGUAUUACCUUUUUUGAUUAAUACAAAUAUGAUAUGUGGAGUCAGUGGAACACGAUCCGCUGUACUUCCUGUCAUUGAUACUGUUUCAUGUGCAAAAAGAAUUGUUGAUGGAGUUUUGAAAAAUGAACGAGUUAUUUACAUUCCUAGUUGUUUACGUCUCUUUGGAAUUCUAAAAUUAUAGUAUAAAUUUUGUAGAGAUUUGAAGAGUUCAGUGAUUUCGAUAAUGCUAUUAAAAGAUGAAGAUUAUCUGAACAACCAUAUGUGAUGUGUAUUUACACAAUAUAUUAUACAUUUCGAACAAUUCCAUCCCCCACAAUUUUACUUAUCUCAAGUCAAUUUAUAUAUGAAAACGAAGGGGGAAUGAAAAGUCAACUAUAAUGAGAAUGAAAAGGUUGUUACACUAGUCUUGGUAAUAUAAUCAGAUUACGAAGGAUUAUCAAGGUUGUCACCACGUUAUGCUUAUCGUUUUAUAAGUAAGUAUUUGUCAAGUAUUACUAUCCAUUCGAAUCAACCAUGCAAAUCAUAAGGUAAUUUCUUAACCUUUUAGUGAUUAAAAACUUCUUAAAAUAUAUCUUAUACCUUAAAAUCUGACAAUUGUUUUCUCAUUAUUUGUUAAACAGAGAUUAUAUAUAAACACAGGCAUAUAUUGGAUAGAACUAUUUCAUUAUCCCCCCCCCUACUUUUUUUCAUUGUUUUUUGAACUAUAAUCCCACAAAGAUGGUUUAUUUUAGUAUAUUAUCAUGUAACAGUUAUUAUCUAUACUUUACUUUCACAUCUCUGUCUAUUUUUCUUAUAAUAUUUUACCUUGAAAGGCAUAUUUUAAUACUGUUCAAAUAAAUAUAUGAUUUUGGUUAU